AUGCCCCGGAAAGCGCAAAACCUAUUCUCCACGGCCCGUGGGCGGGUCAGAGCGUCCAUGAACAAGGUCAACUUGUUCAACUUGUACAAGAAAAACCCCAUCAACUACAAAGGGAUGACGUUGUACCAACAGAAAUGGAGAGCCAAGCAGGAAACAAGAGCGUACCAUGGAGAGCACGUGAAGGAAACCCGGUGGAAGACGUUGUUCAGUCCCAACUUGGAGUCCGUGGCCCAGUUGGACGCCUCCUUGAAAGGUGUGGAGGUCGAGAACACCCCGUUGACGUUGCAGACAUAUGCGGUGUUGGAAAAGAGACUAGAGACCGCCUUAUUUAGAGCCAUGUUUGCCUCGUCCAUCAGACAGGCGCGCCAGUUUAUCCGUAGUGGUGACGUCCAAGUGAACGGCGUCACCAUCAAGCAUCCGUCGUUCCCCUUGAGAAGCGGCGAUGUGUUCAACGUCAACCCAGAAAAGGUCAUGUAUGCCUUGGGCAAGAGUAAACCCAGCGUCACCGAGGCCGUCAAGGUCGACAAUGCCCAGGUGAGCGCCUGGAACCGGUUCGUGCAGAAUGUGCGCGAGAACCCCAAGGCCAUGUGGGAGAUGAGACAGGCCAAGCCCGAGUCGUUGAACCCGUUGCAGAAGCUCGGCCUUGCGUCCUCCAUCAAGAAGCACAACGACGACAUCCAGAGCUCCAUGCUCUCGUCGCAGAAGCAGACCACCAGAGAGUCCGUCUUGGCCAAGAUCUUGGGCGUUGCCGCAGGCAAAGACGUCGAUGCGCUUGCAGCCGCUGACUUCACUGCCAUUGUUGCCAACUCCAAGAAGGACGCCGAGAAGUGUCUUGCUGCCUAUAAACUCUUGAAGGAGGCCGACAGUGCCCUUGUUGGUGCGCACUCGUUGGACCAAUGUAGAGACUAUAUCCGCACCAAGAGCCCGGAGUUCAAGACCCCAGAGGAUGCCAAGCUCGCCUCCCGUGUCAAGAAGGUGCUCGGAGAGAUCGUUUCGCUGCAAGUGGAGGGCUUGCGUGUGGCCUCUGUCGAGGCCAAGAUGAGCAGCGACCCAAAGUUGGCUACGUUCUCUACGGAGCUGGGCAAGAAACUCCACAAGAAGCGCAUCAACGACGUCGAAGCAGUCACGGAGGACGAGAAGAAGGCUGUCAAGUUCCCAUGGCAAAAGCAUUUGUUUGGCCGUAAGGACCCAUCCAAGACCUACUUCACUCCCUGGACUCCCAAAGGUUUCCUUGGUGCGUUCGCCAUUUUGCCCCACCAUCUUGAAAUUUCGUUUGAGACCUGUCACGCAGUCUACUUGAACGACCCGGUCGCCAGACCAGGCCACUCCGAGGUGAUCAGUCCGUUCCCAGAACAUGUCCACGAAAGGGCGUACAUGUACUACGUCAGAAAGGGUAUGUAA